AUGGCCGACGACGACACUGUUAAAGGCUUGGCCGUUGAGGCAGAAAGCUCCCGGACCGAUGAUACCGAGUUGACUCCACAGGAGCAGCGACGGGUUAUCCGUCGGGUCGACGCCCGAUUGAUUGUUAUGCUGGGGUUCCUGCACACCGUGUCGCUGAUUGACCGGGGGAACCUGUCUACUGCAGCGGUUGCGGGAAUGGAGAAGGAAUUGCACCUCCAGGGCAAUCAAUAUAAUGUCAUUGCUGUCGUGUUCUUUCCUCCCUACAUCUGUCUGCAGAUGCUUGGUCCAGUACUUAUUCGCAAGCUGGGCCCGAAGCUCUUCCUAGCGGGCAUCUGCUUUAUCUGGGGUGUUAGCAUGAUGUGCGGUGGCUUCGUCCAUAACUGGGCCCAGCUAGCUGGCAUCCGAAUCAUUAUCGGAGCCUUAGAAGCAGGGUUCUUCCCCGCUGCUGUCUACUUGAUUGCUACCUGGUACACCCGCUAUCAGAUGCAGAAGCGAUUUGCCAUCUUCUACCUUCUCGGCUGUGUAGCCUCAGCAUUUACCGGCUUUCUAUCUUAUGGUAUCACCUUCAUGAACGGACUAGGCGGCCUCACAGCCUGGCGCUGGAUCUUCGUCAUCCAAGGCCUCAUCACCUGCACCCUUGCAGCCAUAAGUUACUUCGUACUGAUUAAUUUCCCGGACCGCAUGCGAUCAAGCAAGAGUCGAUUCCUCUCGCACCGGGAAUACGACUUCAUCACUGACCAGAUCAACGCCGACCGCGGCGACGUCAGACUUGAACCGUUUAAUCUUAAGAAGUACCUUGUCGCUGCGCUGGAUAUCAAUAUUUGGGGGUUUGGACUGGUCUAUUUCUGUACCACGACCACCGCUUACUCGAUCGCAUAUUUCCUGCCUCUCAUCUAUAGAGAGGGGAUGGGAUUCUCAAUGGGAGCGUCAUUGUGUCUUUUCGCUCCGCCGUACGUGGCUGCGGGGAUUACCAUGUUCGCGACAUCCUGGAUUGGGGAUAAAUACCGGAUACGAGGGCCGAUUAUUGUUUUCAACGCGAUGCUGGCUUUGAUUGGGCUGCCGUUGAUGACCUUCACAAAGGGCAACGGGCCCCGACUGGUUGGGUGUUUCCUUACUACGAUGGGAGCCAACUCGAAUGUUCCCGCUGCUAUGGCAUAUCAGGCCAACAACGUCCGCGGCCAGUGGAAGCGAGCAGCCUGCAGCGCCAUCUUCGUCGGUCUCGGUGCAUCGGGAGGCAUGGUUGGGUCUCUGGUCUUUCGGUCCCAGGAUGCCCCAGAGUACCGGCCGGGGAUGCUUACAUGUAUUGGGAUGCAGGCUGCCGCAAUAGUGUUGGUGGGGUUGUUGACGAUUCGGUUGUAUCUGCGCAAUUGUCGGGUUGAUCGGGGAGAGUUGGUUAUUGGGGAUCUGCCGGGGUUUCGGUAUACUUAUUAG